AUGGCCUUUCCCUGGCUUCUCCCCAGCCUCAUCUUGAUGGGGGCCUCCUUUGGCUCUGGGGCCCCUGCCAGUGACCCGGAGCUGAGCAUUACCCCCAGGAUCAUCAAUGGGACAGAUGCUCGUCCUGGUGCCUGGCCCUGGCACGUGUCUUUGCAGACUCAUAGAGGUGACAUCAUCUGUGGGGGUUCCCUGAUCAACAGGUUCUGGGUGAUCACCGCCGCCCACUGCAAUAUCACGAAAGAUGACUUGGUUAUCGCUGGGCUGUAUGACCGAAGGGCCCCUUUGGAUAGAAUUCAGAUACUGAAUAUUGCCCAGGUCUUUGUGCACCCCAUGUACAACGUGAACUAUCUCCUCGCUGACAUCGCCCUGUUGAAGCUGUCGGCUCCUGCCCGCUUGCACGCCACUGUGUCGCCAGCUCUCUUGCCCACUGUGGAUGAGCAGUUCUUUGAGGGAACUCAGUGCGCCAUUAUGGGCUGGGGGGACACCCACCCUAACAACAACAAGAUCCCUGUCAAGUUGCAGCAGGCCACUGUGCGCCUCGUGUCCAAGGCCCGCUGUAAGCAGCACUGGGGCAGAUACCUCAGCGACUCCAUGAUGUGUGCAGCAGCCCACGGCACCUGCAAUUGCGAUGGUGACUCUGGUAGCCCCCUGAUAUGCCCGAAGGAUGGAUUCUGGAAACUGGCGGGCAUCGUGUGCUUUGGCAGUAGAAGUUACAACACCAGGAUGCCCACUGUGUACACCCGUGUGACUGCAUUCAGACCCUGGAUCGAGGAGGUCCUGGACCACAACUGA